AUGGUGACAGAGGCGCAAAUGUUCUCAUCUGUUCAUCCAGAGUCUCGCUUCAUAUCAGCUCAAGUUGGUGGAAACCUGACAUUAAAAUGUUUCCAUGAUGGUGACGGGUCUGCAAGACUUUACUGGUUAAAGCAAAAUCUGGGACAAAAACCAAAGAUCAUCUCUCACUUUUUCAAAUAUAAUGUGAACAACUCUUCUAAUGAAGAGCUCAAGAACAACCCACGCUUCACACUGGAUACACAAGACGGCAAAUAUCACUUGACAAUCACAGAUUUGCAAAUUUCAGACUCAGCUUCUUACUACUGUGUUUACUAUUUAUACACGUUAACCUUUUUAGAGAACAUCAUCAUCAGUGUAAAAGGUUCAGGUGUGAACAUCAAAGCUGUGGUGCAGCAGUCAGCAUCUGAGACCAUCCAGCCAGGAGGCUCCGUGACUCUGAACUGUACAGUACACACUGGGACCUGUGAUGGAGAGCACAGUGUUUACUGGUUCAAAGACUCAGACGAAUCCCAUCCUGGACUCAUUUACACACAUUUGGGCAGAAACGAUCAGUGUGAUAACAAACCCAGCACACAAACACACACCUGUGUCUACAGCUUGCCAAUGAGCAACCUGAGUGUUUCUCAUGCUGGGACCUACUACUGUGCUGUUACCUCUUGUGGACGCAUCCUAUUUGGCAAUGGGACCAAGCUGGACUUUGGACAUAAUGUUGGUGUUUCUCUCUCGCUUUUCUGGACUGGCGCCUUUGCGUUCACCUCCAUCCUGAGUGUACUGGUGGCUUUCUUACAGUGUAUGAUGAGCAAAAGCUGUGGAUGUAAAUCUUCAGAGUCUCACACAAGAGCCUCCAAUGAAGAUGGAAAAGAUUUCCAAGAGGCAAAAAAGUUCUUGUUUGCUCCUUCAAGUGUCAAGCUGGAUAACAGGUCAAGAAGUCAGAGGGAUCAGACCUGGACUGAAUGUGUGUACUACAGUGUGAAGCUACAGCGAUACACAGAGCAGUAAAACUGGACGUGUUUCAUUUACUAAUUAGACACAAUGUUCUUGACGUUAACUGGAGAAUUAAAUGCAGUUUUUUUCUUUCAUUGUUUAUUUGUGGUGUGCAGCUAAAACAUGCUUGAAUAACACGCUUUCUUUAUAAAGCAUAAUACUUUCACUUUUUGGGUUUCGUUGUUUUCUGUGGGGUCAUCUUCACAGUGUAAUUUUUAAUUUUGCCUUUAAUGUUUUUUGUAACUUCACUGUAUUUUGAAUUUGUCUUUUGAC